UCACCUCCUCCGACCUCCCCUGAAACUAACAAAUCAGCUUUAGUCAAUUCCACAGCUCCAUCAACCAGGCUUUAUCCCUAGCUCUGCUCAAGUUCUUGGCUCGUGCCAGUAGGUGAGAUGAGGACAACAACACUUAGCGGUUAACGUACUGGGAGGAAGAAACAACCGAAGGCAGCGGACAGGUGGGAAGAGGUAAUGUGAGCAUUGCCCUAAUCCAAAAUGGCUGCCGCAGAGCCAACGCGUUUCAAGACGGGUCACCUGUUGAAGUUAGAAACCGGGAUGUUUCAUUGGCUCGGCGAGCCGGCCCUUGAGCCGUUGAUUGUCGCCAAUCUGGCUUCGGGGCUGAGGGGAAAGGGUUAAUGCUGGUGCUGGAGUGGCAGCGACAGCAGAUUUGUGUGGCUGCCUCACUCAACGCCUCAGGCAGGCCCGGCCAAACGGGUUUCGUUACCACCCUCGGCUCCUCCCCUCAACACGGCAUGGAGGACAGGGGGGGCGGCGGUGGCUGGAGGGAGCAGGGGAGGCCGUACGAAGAAAAGGAAGAAGGCAAAGAGCCGGCAACCACCGCAGCCGAGGAGGCAGCGGCAGUGGCCGUAACCAUUACGGAGCCAGAAGACGACGAUGACAAGGAGGCUGCGUCAGAGGCGUCUCGGGAGCUUGACACGGAGUGGAGCUUCGUCGACAUGGAGACGGUGUCCCUGCACGAUCUGCCCACCGCGCUCAUCGCUUGCAACCUGCCUUUGGCCGUCUUCUUCGCUGAUGGUCCCUGCAGGGCCAGAUUUGAAGCACUCUUUAGAGCAUAUGACAAAGAUGUUACCUUUCAGUAUUUUAAGAGUUUUAAAAGAAUAAGGAUAAACUUCAGCAACCCUUUGUCAGCAGCUGAUGUUAAAAUUCAGUUACACAAGACAGAAUUUCUUGGAAAGGAAUUGAAAUUAUAUUUUGCUCAGACUCUACAUAUUGGAAGCUCACACUUAGCACCGCCAGAUCCAGAAAAACAAUUCCUCAUUUCACCUCCAUCUUCUCCCCCUGUUGGUUGGACUCAGUCAGAUGAUGCUACACCUGCCAUUAAUUAUGAUCUUUUAUAUGCAAUCUCCAAACUAGGACCAGGGGACCAAUAUGAACUUCAUGCUGCAACUGAAACUACUCCCAGUGUUGUUGUCCAUGUGUGUGAGACGGAUGAGGAACAUGAGGCAGAAGAAGAGGAAAACGCCACCAAGAAAUCAAAACCAAAAAUUAUUCAAACCAGGAGGCCAGACUAUACUCCUUCUUACCAAAGCUGAACUACAUAGUGCUUUGAAAUGUUCUAAACUUGCAUGCUCAAGGGAGACAUUGAGGAAAUGACUGGUCACAAAUCUGAUGAAACUAGAGGUAGAUAGAAGUGGCAAUACUAAUGUAUGGAUAUUUUAAGAAAAGGAAUGUCUUUAUGUGUUUGUUUUAAUGCUGCACGUUGGCUGAUAAGGCUGAUCCCAAUAAAAAUGUCUGAACAGUUGUCCUGGAGAAUAAUGAAACGGUGGCAUUGGGGGGAAAAGGCAUAUAUAGUGUGUGUUGUAGGGAAUGUUCUCAGAUACUUUAGACUUCUGUUACAAAGCAGUUAAGGAUGCCUUCCCUCUUUAUAUCCCAUGAUAAAUUUCUCAAAUUUAUAAAUAAGCAUGGCUGCAAAUCUAAAAUAUGCUCACUGAUAAAUACGUCCCACUGGAAUCAGCAGGGCAGAUAAGUGUGUUAGAGACUGCAGCUUGUAUGUGGCUUAUGGUGAUUAAAAUGUAUUAAUGAAAAAGGGUGAUAUCCAAUAUCAGGCAUACUCAGAAUAGACCCAUUGAAAUUGUUUCUCAGUGGAUCUACUCUUAAGUGUGGUUAACAGUGAAUAUUAACCAAAGGAAGAAAAAAUUAAUAACUUUUCCUAUUAGAUUUUGUGUAUGCAUGUAAAACCUGAGAAGUAUGCUUACCUUUCUCUGUACUUUCCAAUUUUACAUUAUCCCAAAUACUGAUUUCCCAACUUUCUUUCUGAAUUAUGUUUGUGGCAUUCAUUUUUUCAGUGGGAACAGAUUUUUAGUAAUACACCUUGACGUUUGGUGCAAUAUCUCUUUUUAAUGUUAACUGCCAAUGUAUGGUUUAUCUAGAAAACCUAUACAAUACUUGUGUACAAUUUAAGUGGGUUGAUAAUUUUAAAUUAUUCUAAAUGAAAUUAUUUAUAUUGGUUUAAACUAUAUUGACUUCUUUACCAAGCAGAACUACAAGAAACCUGCAGAUAAAGCUGGUAUUGUUACAGUUUACAACUGUGAGAUGAAAUAAGCUGCAUUGCCCUAGCCACAAUCUGUUCAUUUAUAACUGUUGGUGUUUAAAUGUUGUUAAUGGUGCUUGAGCACAUCUAGUGUGAAAACAAAUGUGAAAUAUGGCAUUUGAGAAAGUUGGAGUGCCUUUUUCUCAUUAAUUCCUGGGAGCGUUUUUGCACUAGCUGAAAGCUUAUUUAUUUUUUUUAAUUGGCAGUAAAUAUUAGAUAGAACUGUUUUCUGCUAAAGCAUCAUCAAUCAAAGUAUGUUAUAAUUCCCAUUGUUUGAUGCGAAGCCAUAAUGCAUAUUUUCAAUGCUUUGUGUGGAUGCAGCAUUUUAUUAGCUACGGCUAAAAGGCUAGCGGUAAAUGGUGUUCAAGCUCUUUUUGUACCAUAUUUACAAGCAAAACUUAACUGCACAGUGACAUCCCACUUCAAGUAUUUCUAGGACUUUUCUUUUAAAAUGGAUUCUUGAAAUGAAUUUUAGGAGGCUUUUAAAAAUAAACAUUUCACAAUUUGUGAUGUCUAAGCAAAAGUGUUUCUCUGUUUUUUAAUGAUGAGGGAUUUCAUGCUGCCUUUACAUGUUUAGAAACAAAAAGAAGCUGGAUAUUUUCUUACAUAUGUCAAUGAGAGCUUUGUUUUAAGAAAACGUAUUCUGUUAGAUACAUUUUAAAUGAGAGGUUUUCCAGCACAAGAUCUACCAUGCUUCCUGGAAGAGAUGUAGCAAAUACAGUAUAAAUAGCUAUAUAAAGUCAGCUGAACAUGGUGAAUUGUAUUUGUAAUAUUCCAGCUUUCCCCAAGAUGUGUGUGUUUAAAUGCUAUGAAGCCAAUUCAAUACGAGAAUAAAUGGAACUGCUGUAUGUAUUGGUUUUCUUUCAAAAGGCAGCAGAAGCUCCAUAGUCCUUGCACUGACGCUGUCCUCAAAACUUGUUCCCGUAUUUCCUUUUAAAACACAGAUGCAGGAUGUCAUGCUGUAGAUCUUGAUAGAAUUACUGCCUUUUUCUUGUACUGUAUAAACUACUCCUAUACUGUAAAUGUUUUAAAAAUCUAGUCUACAAACCAGUUACACUGUAUAACUAUUUAAGGUUAUUUACACUUAUAAAUAAAUGCCAUUGAGGUCAUUAA